AUGCACAAACUGACAGACAUUGAAUGGCGGCCACAGCCGAACGUGCCAUUCGAGUGGAGCGCUGGAUCCACCAUCGCCAUCGAUUUUGGAACCCACAUGACCCGAGCGGGAUACACUGACACCAACGGACCCAACCUCGUGUUUCCCACGUUGACAGGAAAGUACCGAGAACGAAAAAGCGCUGGUCCUGGACUGGCAGGCGCCACCACGGUGGGAUAUGACAACUUCAUUGAGCCGUCGACCCGGCUGUCGGCCCGAUCGCCCUACGAUGGAGCUCUGGUGUCUAAUUGGACAGUGGCUGAGGAGGUUCUGGACUACACAUUUGCCAAGCUGCGCGUAGGCAGCGACGGGUGUGUGGACAAUCACAUUAUCAUGAACGAGCUCAUGUCUUCACCUGCUGCCCAGCGGCGAAAUUUGCAGCAGGUGCUGUUUGAGGGCUACGGAGUGAGGUCAGUAGCUCUCGGGGUCGACGCUCUAUUUUCGUACUACGCCAACGACGGAAAGACUGGCUUGGUUUUGUCAGUCGGAAAUGAGGCCACUCACAUCAUUCCUGUCAUUGAUGGUAUUGCUCAGCGAGAACUGACAAAGCGAAUCACUUGGGGAGGACGGACAGCCUCGGCCUUUCUGGCCCAGCUUCUACAGCUCAAGUACCCCACUUUCCCGCUCAAGCUGUCGGCGACGCAGACCACCAAAAUCCUCGAGAAUCACUGCUACGUGUCAGACGGAUACAAGGAGGAACUGGAUGGCUUUUUGGAUAUGGAUGGUUUGGAAAAACGAGAACGCGUGAUCCAGGCACCGUACAUUGAGACCGUCAAGGCCGAAAAGAGCGCCGAGGAGCUGGAACGAAUCGCAGAGCGUCGCAAAGAGAGCGGUCGACGACUGCAAGAGCAGGCUGCUGCGAAAAGAGCCGAGAAGCUGGCUGAACGGGAAAAUGACCUGCAGUAUUAUAGGCAGCAGGCGCAGAUUCUGGAGGAUCUGGGCGACGACAGACAGGGCAAGCGGGAGGCGCGAAGAAUCCUCGACUCGGAGGGAUUCAAGGACGUUAAGUCCAUGAACAAGAAGAUUGCCGAGCUGGAGAGAACAAUUCGAAAGAGUCUCAACCAGGAUGUGGAGGAAGAGGAGGUCGUUCCCGAGUUUCCUCUCGCAGAUGUCCCCGACGAAGAGCUCACCCCCUUGCAAAUCAAGGAAAAGCGACAUCAGCGGCUUCUGAGAGCCAAUUACGAGGCUCGAAUCAGGGCCAAGGAAGAAAAGGAGGCUGAAAAGGCACGUAUUGAGGAGGAGAAACGUAAGGACGAAGAGUGGCGAAUCACGGAUCUGGCCGGAUGGGUUGAGGACAAGCGAGAGAAGCGAAACGCGAUUCUGGCCCGCCAAAAGGAACGGGCCAAGAUGCAGAAGGAACUUCGAAACCGAAAAUCCAUGGCCUCCAAAAUGCGAAUGAAGAACAUUGCGUCUUUGGCUGCAGAUACUCGUGCUACUAAACGAGCACGACCCGGCGCUGGUAUCGAUGACGAUCCCGAUGAUACCUUUGGAGCGGAUGAUCAGGACUGGUCCAUUUACAAUGAUAUUGCCAACCAGAGCGACAGUGAAGAGGAGGAGAACGAGCGAGCUGCUCUGGCUGAGCUUGAGGCCAAUCUUCUCGAGUUUGACGACGAGUUCACAGAGGAGAAUCUUCUCGAGAGCCAGACCGACUGGAAGUCGUCAUUGCUGCACAUGUUCCUCCACGGACCCACGGAGUACAACCCCGAAAGCCAAGAACAGCAGAACCAGCUGCAUCUUAAUGUGGAGCGAAUCCGGGUGCCUGAGGUGCUGUUCCAGCCCACCAUUGCCGGUAUUGAUCAGGCUGGUGUUGCUGAGGUGUGUGGAGACAUUUUGACCAAGCGGUUUCCUUCGGAAACAGCCUCCGUCAUGCUCAAGGACGUGUUUGUCACUGGUGGAUACUCUCAGGUGCCCAACUUUGAUGCUCGUCUGACUGCUGAGCUGCGUUCUCUGUUGCCAGCUGGUUCUCCUCUACAGGUUCGAAGUGCCGCUCAUCCUGAGACUGAUGCAUGGAUGGGUAUGGCCAAGUGGUCCAAGACGGACGACUACAAGAACUCUCGGGUCACGCGGGCCAUGUAUGAGGAAAUGGGUCCAGAUUAUAUCAAGGAGCAUGCUUUUGGCAACUCUUCCUAUUUGUAG